AUGAAUAUGGAAAGCAUGUCUCAAAUGGAUAUCGUUAGUUCUAUUGCCUCUAUGUCUAUGGCAAUGGCUUCUAUGUCCAGUGAUAUGGCUUCAAUGUCUAUGGCGUCCGCCGCGGCUUCAGCUACACCUACUGCGAUGAACAUGGUCGCGUCGGCAGCUUCGGCUAUGGCCAGCAUGGAUAUGGGGGGAAUGUCCAUGUCCCCCACUGCAACGAGCGCUGGUAACCACAGCAGUCACAGCAUGUCUGGAAUGGGCAUGGGAAAUGGCUGUAAAAUCAGCAUGCUGUGGAACUGGAACACCAUAGAUGCGUGCUUCAUCUCUUCGGGAUGGCAAAUCACCAACAGCGGCAUGUUCGCCGGCACAUGUAUUGGUGUUUUCUUCUGGGUUGUUGCUAUUUGCCUGGUUCAGCGUCUGCACCGAGAAUUUGAUCGUUAUAUUUAUCGCCAAUGGGCUGAAAAAAACGGCGUGCUUGGCUGCAGCCCUGCUAUCAUCGACAACACCUCUAGCUCUUCGGGCGGCAACGCUAAAAAUAAGUUUAAUGUGCUGGCCUCCAAAAUGGGCCUCGUUCCCAGUGAAACUUUCCGCCCAAACUUCUGGCAACAGUUUGUGAGGGCUUGUUUUUUCACAAUUGACUUUGGUGCAGGCUACUUGCUGAUGUUGAUGGCUAUGUACUACAAUGGAUACAUUCUUAUCACCAUGUGGCUGGGUGCCUUGUUCGGGUACUACUUCUUUGCUGGUGAUAGCGCCAGUGGGAACACAGGAACACCCCAAAAAGCCACGUGCUGUUAG